AUGCAACUGUUAUCGAUAGCUAAUCGCAUAGCACAGCAGCCCUGGCUUGCUAUAUUCUUUUUUGGCUGUUUUUGUAAACAUUCGUUUUGGGAAUUUUAUAUCGGCAUGGAAGACAUUGAGAGUGAAUUGGUUGAGAUACGCACCAAGUGCGAGAAGCAUAUAGCCCACAGCCGGCUAAUCAGCUGUAGCUCAACACUUGUGCGCGUCGAUCUGCUGUCGGAUCGACCAAAUCGCACACUGACAGUUUGUUUACGUUUUCCCACGGAUUAUCCGCGCUGCUCGAUUCUCGUGGAGCUGAAGAGUCGCGGAUACUCGGAUAAAUUGCACGCGGAGCUGACACGCCUCAUGGACAACUAUGCUCGGGAUCAGUUGGGUGAACCACAAGCAUUGCCCGUUCUGCGAUUCGCCCAGCAAUACUUGUUGGACAAUCCACUGUGCGUGUGCCUCGACGAGAUCAAGCAGCUGCGUCAGGAUAUGAAGAAACCAGAUUUGUCCACUGAUGAUGUGGUCAGUCAGCUAAAGCUGCGCCAGCGCACCAGUUGUGUGGAGCUCAUCGCACGUGGCGGUCGUUAUGUUUACCGCGUCACGGCUGCGGUGCCCGACGACUAUCCCAGCCGGAGUGUGGAGCUGCGUGGCGUCGAAUCGGAUUUGCCCACUGUGCUGGUGCGUUACCUGGUCGGACAAUCGCGGGAGAUAGCGCGCCAGUGUGUGGAGCCACCGUUGCGUCUCAACAAAGAUGAACUGGCCCACUUUCGACCUGUGCGCAGUCUUUAUCGAACUUUGAAAUUUUGCUUGGAGGCCACACGUGACUUCCAUCGCGAAUUGUGUCCGAUUUGUGAUAAGCCCGUGCUGCAAGCGGAGCCGGAGGCGGUGGUGCUGGACGAGAAUGCGGAUGCGUUUGUGGAGCGUGUCUAUUGCGGUCAUCUGUUCCAUCAGGGUUGCCUCAAGCAUUAUCUCGCCGAGCCACCUUUCCCCAAGGGCGGCAAACUGUGUCCGGCCAAGCGACGCCAUCCGCGCUCCGAUGCCCAAACCUACAUGGACAAGCAGCGAUCAACAGUAACUGGAGUAACAGCUGCUGGAAGCCUAAAGAGAUCGGAUGAUGGCACCUGUGGCAUUCGACUGGCCCACGAUCGUUGGGUGGUCAAUGUGAAGACGGCGGAGGCGCGUUGGGCACAAAAACAGGCGCGCCAACGGGAACUGGAGGAAGUAGUCGAUUUUCUACAGUGAAAUCAAGACAACAUUUAUUGUACAUAUACAUCUAUAUAUAUCCAUAUGUAUAUAUUUUUUAAUUUCUGAUUCGAAUACGCUUAAAUUGCUGCAGAUGCUAGUUAUGAAAUAAAUAUUUAAAAUAUGA